GUAAAAAGUGAUUUAACUUAAGAAGGCAAUGAUGUACCUUUGACCACAAGCAAAAAUCCCCAACAACUAAACUUCACCUACUCACCAUUUCCAUCCGCUUUUCCUCUUCUUCUCUUUCUUAAUACUUGUACCUUACCACAAACAUACUAGGUACAGUGAUAUAACAUAUUCAAGAUGGAUAAGGUGAACGAGUUCAUCGCAUCUAUUCCGCCAAGUGUGCAACUGGCAUUUGCUGGUGUUGGAGCACUAUUCGUAGGCUCCAAAUUGCUCAACUUGCUUCGCCUAUUUCUCAGUCUCUUCAUCCUCAGCGGCACCAAUCUUAAGAAAUAUGGCAAGAAGGGAACCUGGGCCGUAGUGACUGGCGCAUCCGAUGGCCUCGGAAAAGAAUUUGCGACUCAGCUUGCUGCUAAGGGUUUCAACAUCGUACUGGUUUCUCGUACCUUGUCCAAGUUAGAGGCACUAUCCCAAGAGUUAGAGAGCAAGUUUAGCGGUUUGCAGACCAAGGUGCUCGACAUGGACUUCUCUGCCGACGACGAUGCCGACUACGCUCGUCUUUCCAAGCUGAUUACCGGUCUUGACAUCGGUAUUCUCAUCAACAACGUCGGCCAGAGCCACAGCAUUCCUGUUCCCUUCGUCCUUACCGAACAGAAGGAGCUCCAAGACAUAAUCACCAUCAACUGCCUCGGCACCCUCAAAGUCACACAGGUCAUCGCUCCGGGUAUGCAAUCCCGUAAGCGAGGCUUGAUCCUCACCAUGGGCAGCUUUGGUGGCUGGAUUCCAUCCCCACUCUUAGCAACCUACUCAGGCAGCAAGGCAUUCCUGCAGCAUUGGUCUGCUGCCCUUGCCGCGGAGCUGAAGCCAAGCAACGUCGAUGUCGAACUCUGCCUGAGCUACUUGGUCACCACGGCAAUGAGCAAGGUACGACGAUCAAGCUUGUUGAUCCCGAGCCCGAGGCCGUUUGUGCGCGCUGCACUCGGCAAGGUGGGGACCGGGGGGUGGCAAAACACGGCAUAUACCUACACGCCUUGGUGGACUCAUGCGUUGAUGGCCUGGUUCGUUGAGACAACCGUUGGUAUUGGAAGCUCGAUCCCUAUCAAGUUUACCUUGAGCAUGCAUGAAGAUAUUAGAAACCGAGCUUUGAAGAAAGCUGCCCGAGAAGCGAAGAAGCAGUGAAGUCAAGACUAGCAUGAGUAGACUUCCAAAAACGAGUAUGAAAUAGGAUCAGACUGGGACGGGUAUUGGGGGAAAAGCGACUUGAUGGAUUGAUAUCAAUAGGUAGUUAAUCCCAAACUAUUUGCAUAUAACUAAACAGGCCCAAUAUUGAGCAUCCUGCCCGCCUUGAAUUUAACCCUCGCAUGUUACAUAGUAGGCGCAAAUAUUACCCUACC